AUGUCCUGCCCCUUCCUCGGAAAGAAAGUAAGCACAGAGAUCCGUGUUUCCGCCAGCAUGACGCUCACACAACUUUUGAAGCAGGACGUUCCGUGGUCGGGACUGCGCCCACGGCAGGCGUGCGCCGUGGAGUCUGCGGUGCGCCACAACCCUGGACGACCCAUCUACGUGCUGCACACGUGUGCAGCGCCCGCUUCAGGCGUGUGGCUGCCGGCGGGGGCCACAGCUGUGCAUGUGACGACGGAGGAGUUCCUACGCGACACGCCGCUCUACACUCCACUCAUAGAGAACGGCGCCCUCGCCGCCAGCAGGUGGCCCGUCCACCACGCCUCUGACGUCAUGCGGCUCGUCGCGCUCUGGAAGUACGGUGGCCUCUACCUGGACCUGGACUUCGUCGUACUGAGAGACCUUUCACAGAUGGGUGAAAACUGGAUUGCAGCAGAGAGCGCUUCUUCGAUCGCCAAUGGUGCAAUGCAUAUGUCUUUACGGCCGGGCUCAGCAGGUGAGGAGUUGGCUAAUGCCUACAUGGAAAGUCUUCGGACGGACUUCAAUGGGCAGGAAUGGACGUCCAACGGCGGCGCAAUACUCAAGAAGUUGCUGAUUCGACGUUGCAACGUCAACAAGGUAAUACUUAUGAGGAACUGUCGUGGUUUCCGAGUUCUGAGGCCGCUGCUGCUGUACCCAGUGCCCUUCGAGAGGUGGAGGAGGUACUUUUCUGAGGAGGACACCAAGAGCACGCUGGCUGUCAUGCACCGAGCUUACGCAGCCCACGUGUGGAACAAGGUCAGCGCGGAAGCUGACGUCGUGCCGCAAAACUCAGUCUACGCUAUACUCGCCCGCAAAAAUUGUCCGAACUCCUUCAGGGCCGCCGCGGGACACUUCUAA